CGGGCGAGCUGCUGCAGCAGCGUGUGCGGCGUGUGUGCGUGUUCGCGCGGAGGUGCGCGACGGACGUGGUUUGCCGCUAGUAAUUGUGCACGCGGCCUUUAUUGAGAGACGCGCGGGAGCAUUGGGAUGCAGACGGUGUAGGAGGAGCCGUUCGCGGAGCCUUAAUUUAAUGGAACCUGCGCCGAGUGGAUUUCGCCGCGCGAGACAGUUGAACGUUCGCAUCGCAGUUUGAUUAAAAACUCAUCCUAUGUACAAGCGUAGAAGUGCAGAAGAAAGAAGGUUAACAAAUACGCCUAUCUAAUUCAUAUAUCUCUAUAUAAUUCUAUUGUUUGUUCUUCAAAGGACCGUUACAAAAGAAAGACAUCAGGAAACACAAAUGUGAACGCUGAAAAGUGAGAAUACAAAAUGAUUCUGUUUCCAAGGAAGCUAUAAAAUCUUUUUUCAACAAUAUCUGAACAGAAGAAAGAAGCAAAUUUAUGACUCAACAACACUGGAGAUAAAAAGAAAAAAAAAGAAAAAAAUUGAGAAAUUUCUGUCUGGAAUCAACCAAUCAACACACUGAGAAAAAGGGAGGGUCAUGACCGAGUUGCCAUGCGUAUCGACACGGUGACGGGCCUUUCCAACCCCUUUCCCCCCCUUUUCUUAUUGGUCCAGCUGCUUUUGCAGCUCCUCCCCCCUGGGCCACAGUUGGCCAUCGCUGGCUCUCCUUGCCCCGCCCCCUGCAGCUGCUCCAAUCAGGCGAGCCGAGUCAUCUGCACAAGGAGGAAUUUGGAGGAGGUGCCUAAAAGUAUAUCUGUCAACACGCGAUACCUCAACCUGCAGGAGAACUCAAUACAGGUAAUUAAAUCUGACACUUUCAAGCACCUGCUGCAUCUGGAGAUUUUGCAACUCUCCAAGAACCAGAUUCGUCAAAUUGAGGUUGGGGCCUUCAAUGGCCUCCCUAACCUCAACACACUUGAGCUUUUUGACAACCGCCUCACGCUGGUCCCCUCCCAGGCAUUCGAGUAUCUCAGCAAGCUGAGGGAACUGUGGCUGCGGAACAACCCUAUUGAGACUCUGCCUGCGUACGCAUUCCACCGCGUGCCCUCGCUAAGGCGUCUAGACUUGGGGGAACUGAAAAAGCUGGACUACAUCUCAGAGGCUGCCUUUGAAGGACUCAUCAACCUACGUUACCUGAACCUGGGCAUGUGUGGACUCAAGGACAUUCCCAAUCUCACCCCGUUAGUGCGACUUGAGGAGCUUGAGCUCUCUGGGAAUCGGCUGGAAAUCAUUCGGCCAGGUUCCUUCCAGGGUCUGGUGUCCCUGCGCAAGCUUUGGCUCAUGCAUUCCCAGGUGUCCGUAAUCGAGCGCAAUGCCUUCGAUGACCUCAAAAAUCUCGAGGAGCUCAAUCUCUCACACAACUCCCUUCACUCCCUGCCACACGACCUCUUCACCCCCCUGCACCAACUGGAGAGGGUGCACCUCAACCACAACCCUUGGGUCUGCAACUGUGAUGUGCUUUGGCUGAGUUGGUGGCUGAAGGAGACUGUGCCGAGUAACACCACCUGCUGCGCUCGCUGUCAUGCUCCACCAGGGCUGAAAGGCAAAUACAUUGGGGAACUUGACCAAAGCCACUUUACCUGCUAUGCCCCUGUGAUCGUUGAGCCUCCUACUGACUUGAAUGUUACAGAGGGAAUGGCAGCUGAACUGAAGUGUAGAACGGGUACUUCGAUGACCUCAGUCAAUUGGCUUACCCCAAAUGGCACCCUCAUGACCCACGGAUCCUACAGGGUCAGAAUUUCUGUCUUGCACGACGGCACGCUGAAUUUCACCAACGUCACUGUUCAAGAUACCGGCCAGUACACGUGCAUGGUGACGAACCAUGCGGGCAACACCACCGCAACUGCUGUGCUCAACGUGUCAGCCUCCGAUGCCAGCAACAGCUACAGCUAUUUCACCACUGUCACCGUGGAAACCAUGGAAACGGGUCAAGAGGAGAAUUCUGCCAGGCAAUACAUCAAUGAAACUUUUGUUGGCUUUCCAGGCCCCACAAUGCCAGGGGAAGUCUGGGGUAUGAGCACGACUUUGGCCACCACGUCUGUUUCUUCAUCCUCAUCAUCUUCUUCUCCUCAAGCCACUAGGUCCUCUGAAGGGGCUUUCACGGUGCCAGUAACUGAUGUUCCUAAUUUCUCCGGCCUGGAUGAUGUAAUGAAGACUACUAAAAUCAUCAUAGGCUGUUUUGUUGCCAUCACAUUCAUGGCAGCCGUUAUGCUCGUGGUCUUCUACAAGCUUAGAAAGCAGCACCAGCUGCACAAGCACCACGGUCCAGCCCGAGCGAUUGAGAUCAUCAACGUUGAGGAUGAGAUCGGAGCUACUGGGGGCAAUGGAGUAGGUGGCAGCAGUGGGAUUUCAGGGGGCUCUACCAUUCAUUCCAGUGGGGGAGGCAGUGGUGGAGGGCAGAGCUUAAGACUGAACCAUCCGGAAAUUGUCAGCCUUCCAAAUUUAGUGAGAGCGGAGCACCUUAACCAUUAUUACAAGGCACAUCAUUUUAACAACAAUGUGAUGGCUAUGGGAAUGGGUACAGGAGCUGGUGUAGGUGGGAUAGCUGGCUCGGGUGGUGUCCUCAACAACAACAACAACCCUUCCUCCCUGUCCAUGCCCUCUCAGACCCCCAUUUCUUGUACACAGGUUUCCAAUCCUUCAGCUAAUUUGCAAACCACGCCUGGAAACAGCACUAACCUUAACUCCAACACAAUGUCGUCACCCCUCCCCCUGCCGCUCCCGCUGCCACCUUUGGGUUUACAUGGAUCUCUAAAGGGUUUAAUGGGUCAGGGCCAGAACCCGCAAAUUGAACCGCUUCUGUUCAAGAAUGGUUCCAAGGAAAACGUUCAAGAGACCCAAAUAUGAGCAAGAUGUGUAAGCGUAGAGAAUGCUGAGGGCCAUGCCUGUUUUAUCCCCUAGGCCGAGUUUGGAAGGACAGAAAGCACACACUUAUGGCAAGGAUUUAAAAGUAUUGUUCUUUUACACUACAUUACAUUACAUUAUACUUACAGGAAGACGGAAAGGAAAACAACGCUUGCGGCGUUGUUUGCGACAGGGAGCUGACAGAGUGUGCACACGUGAAAUGGCCAGGUCCGUAGGCUGAAACUGUACCGAGCCAAGGAUUAAAACGGAUACGUUCAACGAAGCAAGUGUCUCUGUAUUAAUGAAUUGUCACGGCAAUGAAGUAUGUAACGGAUUCCACAACAGCAUAAUUCUGUGCCAAAGCAAAACUUUGUCCGUUUUUGUAUUCGUAUCGAAACAUACACAUCAUGGAUAUAUUCAGUUUACCCCAAAGUGCUUUUGCCACAGUUAAGAUGUGCGGAGCACACCGCAGUAUUUACUUUAUUAACAGAUGCGGGAGGAAAUUUGAAUUUACCCAUGUACAGAGGUGAGUAUUAAAUGAGGCGAUUACAGGUUAAGUACCUUUGCUCAAACAUGCAGCAAGUCUCACUCCUGGGAUCUGAACCUAUAGUGUGCGUUGGGCUCAUGUUUGUCCCAUACCUUAACUGCUGUGUGAACUGCUGGGAAUCGUUUGAUGAGUUAGUUCAGUCAUAGUAUAUUCUAGUAAUCCCAUUGUACAGUACAAAAAAGGAUUGUGCAAUGAAGUGCGACUGUAGAUUUUCAGAGGACAAUAUGAAAAAAGAAGAUACGCUUUACAUGUUCCUUAUCACGCCCCGGAAAUACCACGAAGGACAGACUGAAGGACAAAAGACAGCGAAGCAUUAGAAAACAUUACAUAUGGAAUAUAUCAAUAUAUUUUCUUUUCUAGAAAGAUAAUGAAUUUAUUAAUACACCGAGGAAAGUACAACCCUUGUAGGAUAUUAUAGAUUCUGUUAAGUUAUUACUAAACGUUUUUGAACAGUUUUUUUUCGGGGGGCGUGGGGUUGGACAGCAGAGAGGGGGAGUUAACUGGGACAUAAGUGCAAAUGAAUAAUACUGGAAAAAAAUACAAAAAGUUAUAUUGGCUUUAAUUCCGGGAAAACAUACCUUCUGUCACUCAUACAAAUCAGAUUUGCAGGAUAAUAAUAAUAAUAAUAGUAAUAAUAAUAAUAAUAAUAAUAAUAAUAAUAAUAGAGCUUCAUUAGACAUUGGGCAUUGCAGUUAACUUGUUUUUCUUAUUAUUUAAUGUAGGAGGCUGUUCACAGCUCUUGCAGCACUUUGCCCGGGGUCAGAAUGCAUUUCUGCCGCAGACUGAAAUGUGUGAAAUAUGCACCCAAAAUAUCACACUGCAGUGAACUGUUGUGUACAUUGACUUCCUUGUUCUUAUACUAAGUCCAGUACGCUAAAGGAGACAAAGGGAAAUGACUUACAAAGAUAGCUUAUUAAUUACAGAAAAUAAGAGAAAAUUCCAGUGUGCAUUUGACCCGUGCAGUUGGUGCCACGUCAGUCAUAUCGUGCAUGAAAAAGUUAUGGUCCGCAAUAUGCUUUAUGAAAGUAUACAAGUAUACUUCCUGUCUUACAGAAGUAUAGAGGUAUACGAAUUCCCUGGUACAUCGGCUAAUAGACACAUUUAUUCAUAGUAGAUCCUAACACUUGUGUUUCAAAUUAAUGCCAUGUGCAUUUUCUUAGAGCAGUGACCUAAUCAGUGUCCUAAUCAUUUUAAUUGGUACUUAUUUAGCAUUUUUUGUUAACUGUGGUUGAGUAAUCUACUAAUUCAGUAAUGAUACAAAAGAAUAGUCCUUUUUAUUUUGUGUAAUCAUAUUGUGCAAUACAUUUGUGCGUUGACCAAGUUGCUAUUAUGGAUGUAUCUUUUAAUAAUGUUUAAUAUCAAAUACAAAUGAAAAUAUCCACAGCACUAUCAGGUGUUAUUGUCCCAUAUGAUGUCCGCUGGGCUUGUACUUGAACCUGUGUUAAGGGCUACCCCUCACAACAACCAUACUCUCAAAGCUUUAGUUCAGGUAAUCCAACCACUCGCUGAAGACGCUUUAAUUGCCCAACAAAUAAAGUAAUGGAGAAAUAUAAACUGAUUUAAUGUUGAUAUGAAAAAAACUUGACUCACAAGUCAGUUCUUUAAACCUGUACUAAAAUAUUUUAGUACAA